CUCAUUAUGUUUAUUUCUCAAUUAUUAAUACAAUUUAAAUUCGAACGUCUUAAAAACGCAAAGCAAUCUUGGGUUGAUUUUUCAUAGCAGACGUUGUAGAUAAUUAUAAGAAGUGGUAGAUACUACAUCUUUGACCCAAGUUGCGUCUGCAGAAGUUCAGAUUCAAUUUUAUCUCGAGCUUCUUUCAUCUGGAAUUAACAGGCUUCCCCUCAAAGAUAAAUGGGCAUUCAUCAGUUUAUCACGCAUUUUUACGUUCUAGUCUUCGCUCAACGUAGCCACUCCGUGCAUUGUGUCAUAUUAAGUCCAAGAUUGGGGACCAUCUGGAAAUGAGUGGAAGUGGCGCGUCAAACAUCGGCGGAGGAAGCGGCGAUGGAAUUCGCAGCUGCUGCAUACCUGGAUGUUGUUCCAGAGGCUUCAAGGAUGGCGAAAAGCUCUGUCUGUUCCCAAAUGCGGCUGAUAGACGACUUGCUUGGAUUGAACGAAUUCGGGCUAGCGGUCUGGUGGAGCCGACUUGGAUGCCCACUGCUUCGACUUUCGUUUGUCAAGCUCACUUUGACAAAACAUGCUUUAUCCGGAAUGUACCUAACGGACCACUUAAAAUGGCCAAAACAACCGUGCCAAGCAUAUUCAACGUUGAUAACAGCAAUUCAACACCCGCGAAUGUUAAGACAUCAGGAAAGUUGCAGCCAACCGUGUCAAUCAUUCAGACACGCCGCGCAGCUGGUAUUACGCCGAAACCACGAGUCAUGUUUGAAGCUGACCCGACUCCAGCAACUCGACGGCCUCGGGAAAUUCCCUCAGCGGGACACACAUUCAAGCCUGUCAUUGCUAGAGCAACGACGGGACCGGCAGCAGUAACUGAGUUCAAUUCCAUCUCAACUGUUCAAAGUGGCUUUCCACCACCAAAGACCACAUCUGUGGUCGUUAUUGCCACAGACCAUAAAGCCACUGGAGUAAAACGGAUUCUUCCACUGACAAAUCAUCCGCCACCAACGAAGAAGGGCGCGUUACUAGUUCAUUGUUCAAAUUGUGCACAACUGCAAGAGAAGCUAAACCAAAAGAGCGGCGUCAUCCGCGAGCUCGAAGUGAGCAUCAGUGACCUCAAGCAAGAAUUGUCAAAGUUAGACAACACUCGUGAGGCAGCCACGAGCAAGAUUGACAGGCUUAAGGAAAGCCUUAAGGAUAUCUACACCGAACAUCAGUUGGCAAGAUUAUCCGAUGGAACGACACGAGGACGCCCAUGGGACAUGGAGACAGUUCGCAGAGCGGCUAAACUGGUACUCGCUUGCGGACGAACCGGCUAUCAAGAGAUACUCAAUCAGGGACAACCAUUUCCAUCGCUAAAGACUUUGAACAGGUUACUCUAUAAACGUCGAUAUCUACCGUCAACGUUGGACAAUCCUGAGCCAUCAAUUGCGGAAGAACUCAAUGAGGAAAUGUCAAACACUGAUCCAGAAGAGGAGAGCGAUGGUAGCACUGAGGAAAUUGAGGAGAAUUUAAUUACCGGUGAAGAAGGCCGAAUAUUAAAAAAGAGUCGAAAAACUCGAAAGAUGCGCAGUGUUAUGCAAAAGUUCACUGAGGCAGCGCAGGCGCAUGGCAUACAAGUUGGACAUCAUUUGGAAACAAUUGCUGCCGCCGGUGAGGAGACCACUAUGCUGGAAGGAGUCGCCGUUGACGGCCUCAAUGGUCAACUCUUGCAGUUGCAUUCGAUGGAACCAGGUCAGCAACAGCACGUUGCAGGUCAGGAAAUCCCGCCAGGCGAAGAAGGAGCGCCUGAUGGUUCGGCCGUUGCACUGGUCUCGCACUAUGGCCAACUUACAGUCAUACAGGAUCAAACAACAGCUGCACAAGCUAUCACGGGCGCUGUAAUUGAAGACAUUUUGAGAGCGCAAAAUCUGACUGCUGCAGAAGUCAAAGAGAUCCGCGUGGAGGGCUCAUAUAUCACCAUUGUGAAACACAACGACGGGACACAAAUUGAUCAAGAACAGCACAUGGAGCAGGUUUCUGAUGGAGCAUCUCACCAUCAUGUCUCAACUGAAGAAGCGCAACAGCUUAUUGCCCAAGGCAUUAUGGAAUAAUUCAAUUCCAAUAAAGACUAGGUUAUGAAAUAUUGUAACGAGAUAAAAUGUAGUAAAAAUGAAGAGCUAAAGGGAACAAACAUCUUUCAGCUUCGUUAUAUAUAUUUGGAAAUUUAUGGGCGACUAAUUAAGAAUCGAAGCAGACUACACAAACGAUAACUGCGAGUUGUGUUUGGAUCUAAGAUUAUUUUAUUUGAAAGCUGUUACUUUUGGUUCUAGGUAAACGAUUUAUUUUACGAUAAAUAAGGCGAUACACGCGUCUUUACUAUACUUAUUCAUCACAGAACUGCUUUAUAUAUAUAUAUAUAUAUAUAUAUAUAUAUAACGGAUUAAUGCUAAAUGAAUUCGACAAUUUAAAUCGAAUUUGUUAUCGAUAUAAGGAUUAAAAUAAAGGGUAAAAGGCUAAAAGAAAGCAUAUUUAGUCACCUCUGUUGUGGUUUAUCACCUCAACUGGCUAUGAUAAUGAAUAACCAAUCACAGGAUCUAUUUUAGCAGAUGUAGGGAGAGUCUUUACAGAUUUUGUCUUUUAAAUUUAUUUUAAACAACACUUUAGUCUUCUGAGAUACUUUUUUAGAUUCCCAUUCAAGGUCUGCCGAUUGGUCAAUUAUUAUUGUUUCACGGCGUUGUUAGUUAUUAUUCAUUGGUGUUCUAAAUGGCAAUUUUGCCAAGCUACCCUAAGCAAUCAUUAUAGCAUCAAACACGACCGCGAUUGAGGAAACCUGGCCCAGUUAACACCACAGAUACGAAUUGAUUUAGUAAAAGCUAACGUCGGUUUAUUGCGUUGUGUAUGCAUCGGUUAGGUUAUGAAGGGCUAAACCACUCCGAGGAGAGCGAAGGUCUUACUGGAGAUCUCUUGUUUACGACUAUUGUCUAUAUGUUUCGGCGUUAGUUAAUGUUAUUCAACUUGGCUCUAGUGUCUUUAGUGCAUUCGUUACUAAUGAAAUAUUACUGUGUAAUAAUACAUUGAUGAAGAGAACUAGGCAGCAAUGCAGGAGACUGGCCAUUCUAUAGACUUUGCUUAUAUCGAGUUAUAUGUAAGAGUCCUUUGCCUCACGGACAAAUUUGAUUUGCAAGAUUUUAUUACUCCGUGAAUAAGCUCAUAUCAAUAAAAAAUGAUGUUUUUUUGUGUUUUACGUCCAGUAUUUAUGCCAAUAAGAAUAACCUCAGGCGGCUAGCUUCCAGCAUAAAAUUUGUCUACUCAGGCGGCUCGAACCUAGACUACCACGUAUUCCCAUAUCUAGAAGGCGAACACGUCCUCUCCUGUGCCAUCACGAGAACUAUCUACUAGUUUUACAUCACUGCGGACGAAGAAUACUCUUAAAUGAAAACAAAAUUUUGUAAGAGACCGAAAGAUAUCUUUGAAACAAUGUUAUAUAUGUAUAUUCAUAUAGAAAUAAUUUUCUUUGUAAAAAUAAAGGUUAUGUGAAUAUGGACUACUCAUGAAAUUUUAAGAAUAUAGUAGUAUAUAAUAAUAUAGCCAUAAGUAACUCUAUUAGAUAGCAUAGCUGGCGUUAUCACUUCGAUGUUGUGGUUGUAAAGGCAUUUCCAUAUCAACUUAAAUCGUGGUUACAAGUAAAAAUGCUUACUCUAUCGUACAAGUACGGU